AUGCAUGCAUUUUCUUUUUUAUUGUCCACUUUCUUCUGUAUCUUUCUCCCUUUUCAAUUCUUUCAGACUCCUUUAUUCUUUCUAUUUCUCUCUUUCUCUUUUUCAUCUCUCUCUCUCUCUCUCUCUCUCUCUUUUUCAUCCUCUUCGUGUUCCUGUUUUCAUCUCUUCCUUCUUCUUCAAGUUUUUUCUCUCAUUUUUUCCUUCCUCAUCACUUUUCUUUUCUUCUUCUUCUUCUUCAUCUUCUUCUUCUUCUUCUUCUUCUUCUUCUUCUUCUUUACUAUUCAUCAAAUUUUCAUUCUGCUUUAUUUUCGCGUCAUUGUUUUGUCUGUUCUCCAAAUCACUCCCGUUUUCUUCUUCAUCAGUUUCUUAUUCACUUUUUCGACUUCUUCUUCGUCUAUUUUACAAUUGGCUACUUUUGAUUUUCUCCUAUCCUUUCUUCCAUUCUUUUCUCGUUUCUAUUCUUUCUUUAAGUCCGAAUUUCCUCUUCGCCAUUUUCUUCUACUGAUUCGGUUUCAUCUUCAAAUUUGUUCUCCUCUUUUUCUGACUUUCUUCUUCGCUCCCACUUACAUUUUUUCUUUCUCUCUCUCUCUCUCUCUCUCUCUUUCUUUCUUUCUUUCACUUCCAUUUUUAUUUAUUUCACUCUCCCAUUCGCAUUUUUCUUCCUUUUUCUCUUUCUUUCUCCCACUCGCAUUUUUCUUCCUUUUUCUCUUUCUUUCUCCCACUCGCAUUUUUCUUCCUUUUUCUCUUUCUUUCUCCCACUCGCAUUUUUCUUCCUUUUUCUCUUUCUUUCUCCCACUCGCAUUUUUCUUCCUUUUUCUCUUUCUUUCUCCCAUUCGCAUUUUUCUUCCUUUUUCUUUUCUUUCUUUCCACUCCCUUUUCUUCCUUUUUCUUUCUUUCUCCCACUUUUUUUUCCUUUUCUUUUCUUUCUCCACUCGCAUUUUUCUUCCUUUUUCUCUUUCUUUCUCCCACUUUUUUCUUCCUUUUUUCUUUCUUUCUCCCAUUCGCAUUUUUUCUUCCUUUUUCUCUUCUUUCUCCCAUUCGCAUUUUUCUUCCUUUUCUCUUUUUUUCUCCCCUCGCAUUUUUCUUCCUUUUUUUCUCUUUCUUUCUCCCAUUCGCAUUUUUCUUCCUUUUUCUUUUCUUUCUCCCAUUCUUUUUCUUCCUUUUCUCUUUCUUUCUCCCACUCGCAUUUUUUCUUCCUUUUUUUCUUUCUUUCUCCCAUUCGCAUUUUUCUUCCUUUUCUUUUUCUUUCUCCCAUUCGCAUUUUCUUCCUUUUUUUCUUUUUUCUCCCACUCGCAUUUUUCUUCCUUUUUCUCUUUCUUUCUCCCAUUCGCAUUUUUCUUCCUUUUUCUCUUUCUUUCUCCCACUCGCAUUUUUCUUCCUUUUUCUCUUUCUUUCUCCCACUCGCAUUUUUCUUCCUUUUUCUCUUUCUUUCUCCCAUUCGAAUUUUUCUUCCUUUUCUUUCUUUCUCCUAUUCGCAUUUUCUUCCUUUUUUCUUUCUUUCUCCCAUUCAUUUUUUCUUCCUUUUCUCUUUCUUUCUCCCACUCGCAUUUUUCUUCCUUUUUCUCUUUCUUUCUCCCAUUCGCAUUUUUCUUCCUUUUUCUCUUUCUUUCUCCCAUUCGCAUUUUUCUUCCUUUUUCUCUUUCUUUCUCCCAUUCGCAUUUUUCUUCCUUUUUCUUUUCUUUCUCCCAUUCGCAUUUUUCUUCCUUUUCUCUUUUCUUUCUCCCAUUCGCAUUUUCUUCCUUUUUUUUCUUUCUUUCUUCCAUUUUCUCUUUCUUUCUCCACUCGCAUUUUUCUUCCUUUUUCUCUUUCUUUCUCCCAUUCGCAUUUUUCUUCCUUUUCUCUUUCUUUCUCCCAUUCGCAUUUUUCUUCCUUUUCUCUUUCUUUCUCCCAUUCGCAUUUUCUUCCUUUUUUUUCUUUCUCCCAUUCCUUUUCUUCCUUUUUCUUUUUCCCCAUUCGAAUUUUUUUCUUCCUUUUUUCUUUUUUUUCUCCCAUUCGCAUUUUUCUUCCUUUUCUCUUUUUCUUUCUCCCACUCGCAUUUUCUUCCUUUUUCUCUUUCUUUCUCCCACUCGCAUUUUCUUCCUUUUUCUCUUUUCUUUCUCCCCACAUUUUUUCUUUUUUCUUUCUUUCUCCCUCACUCGCAUUUUUUCUUUUUUUUCUCUUUCUUUCUCCCCUCGCAUUUUCUUCCUUUUUCUCUUUCUUUCUCCCACUCGCAUUUUUUCUUCCUUUUUCUUUUUUUUUCCCCAUUCGCAUUUUCUUCCUUUUUCUUUCUUUCUCCCACUCGCAUUUUUCUUCCUUUUUCUCUUUCUUUCUCCCAUUCGCAUUUUCUUCCUUUUCUCUUUCUUUCUCCACUCGCAUUUUUUUCCUUUUUCUCUUUCUUUCUCCCACUCGCAUUUUUUCUUUUUUCUUUCUUUCUCCCAUUCGCAUUUUUCUUCCUUUUCUCUUUCUUUCUCCCACUCGCAUUUUUUCUUCCUUUUCUUUUCUUUCCCCUCGCAUUUUUUCUUCCUUUUUUCUUUCUUUCUCCCACUCGCAUUUUUCUUCCUUUUUCUCUUUCUUUCUCCCACUCGCAUUUUUCUUCCUUUUUCUCUUUCUUUCUCCCAUUCGCAUUUUUCUUCCUUUUUCUCUUUCUUUCUCCCACUCGCAUUUUUCUUCCUUUUUCUCUUUCUUUCUCCCACUCGCAUUUUUCUUUCUGCACCUUGA